AUGUAUGAGAAAGAAGACUUACUGACGCAACCAUUGGAUAAAGUGAUUCUUCUAGCUAAGACGUUGGAAGGAGCAAGAAAUAGUGUCAUGGCAACACGUGAGGCAAGGACAGAAUCACGAGGGAAAGUUUGUCAUCUACAAGGAAGAAAAUCUGUGAAGGGAGGCAAACCUUACACUAAACGUCACCAGGCCGGACGAGGGUUUGUCUGUUUUCAAUGCGGAGAAGAAGGACACUACCAAUGGGAAUGUACGAAGAAGACGGCGAAGAACCAAGAAAAAUCAUUGGGAUUUAGGCGUGGCAAAGUUGCUAAACCAGGAGAUGUAAUUCAGAGAACAAAGAAGGUACAACAAGCUCGAAACUCCCAGAAGGUAGAUUUAGAAGGAAGCUCGUCUCAGGAGGAUGAAGAACCAAGUUAUUGCAUUGACUCUGUCACAAAGAAUGUUUACUGUGCAGAAACUGUUCGUGAUACAUUAAGGAAACUUGAGGUGAAGGUACGAGUGGAUGACUGUUUCUUAACUUUUAGAGUUGAUACAGGAGCGGACGUUUCCCUGAUGGAUGAGAUAGCGUGGAAUAAACUGGGACAGCCCAAGUUGAGUAAGGAGAGGGAGCAGCUACGAAAUGCUUCAGGUCGAAUCAUGAGAUUUAAGGGCAUGAUGACAGGUCAGGUUAGAUUUUGCAACAACCUUGCACCUAUUCAAUUCUACGUGAGACAAGGAAAAGGCUCAAACCUGCUGGGAAUGGAUUGGGUGAAAAAGGUUGGGAGUGCGACAGUGUGCGUAGACUAUCUUAAAGUUAUGGGAAACCAUGGUGGUGUAAUGUUGACAGAAUCAAGUGAGAUUGCAGCACCAAUGGAGAAACUAUUACAGCAGUUCUCAGAAUUAUUUACAGAUGAACUGGGUUGCUGCAGUGAGAUUGUGGGCAUCUCUGUGCGACCAGAGACGGAUUUGAAGAUCGAGAAGGAAUUGGAAAGGAACGUGAAAAACAGUGUAUUAGAACCAGUUAACAUCGCUCUAUGUACUUUUCCAACAGUGAACAUUGUUAAACCGAACGGUGAUAUCAGGAUAUGCGGUGAAUUUAAACCCCUCAAUCGGAUUAUGGUAGUUGAUCAAUAUCCAAUCCCUAUACCAACAGAGAUGUUUAGUUCCCUAGCUGGGAGUAAGAUGUUCUCCAAGAUUGAUCUGAAGGAUGCUUACAACCAGUUACGGGUGGACGAGGAAAGUCAAAAGUGGCAGGUGAUUAACACGCACAAAGGACUGUUCAAAUAUAGACGAUUACCGUUUGGAAUCAGUUCAGCGCCUGCCAUUUUCCAGAAAACAAUAGCCAAAGUCUUGGAAGGCGUGAGAGGAAUUUGCAUCUAUAUGGAUGAUAUUCUUAUCUCAGGAAAAGAUAAACAAGAACACAUGCAGAAUUUGUCCCAAGUAUUUCAAAAGUUACAGCAACAUGGUUUCCGUAUUAGAAGAGACAAAUGCUCGUUCUGUCAACCAUCUGUGCAAUAUCUGGGACAUAUAAUUGACAGCUCAGGAAUCAGAGUAUCAAAUGAAAGAGUUAAGGCAAUACAAUUGAUGACAGCACUUAAAGACCAGUCAGAGUUACGAUCAUUCUUAGGCAUGGUUAAUUAUUUUGGGAAAUUCUUUCCACAUAUGUCUAGCCAUACUCUACCUCUAAAUCAACUGCUGAAGAAAGAUACAAAAUGGAACUGGUCAUCAACGCAAGAAAGUGCUUUUCAAAGGAUGAAAACAAGAGUUAACAUCUCUACCAAUACUGGCAAAAUAUGA